UCUUGUCGUCUCUUUCCCACACUCCCCCCAGCAGCCUCUAUUAUCUCCUGGAUUGGAGGCUCCAGAUGGACACACGUCCAUUGUCCGCGCUGCGCUGGGAUUGGCUGCUGAGUGUGGGAACCUGCGCCGGCUCUGAUCCUCACACAUUAUUAUGCAGGGAGAGCGGUAUAUAAGGGGCCGUCUGCUCCCAGGCUGCAGACCCCUCACCUCCUAUCUAUAGAGAGGACCCUCCUGAUGGCUCCUUACAGCGCAGCUACUGACCCCCUCCUCCCGCAGCCCAGAAAGCUGAGGAAACCGGUGAUAGAGAAGAUGAGGAGAGAUCGUAUCAACAGCAGCAUCGAGCAGCUGCGCCUCCUCCUGGAGAAGGAGAUCCAGAGACAUCAGCUCCCCUCCAAACCGGAGAAAGCCGAUAUCCUGGAGAUGACCGUCACCUGCCUGCAGAGACACAUGGCCCAGAGAGAUGUCCAGGCCCAGAGAGAAGGCUUCUCCACCUGCCUCCAGGACUCCAUCACCUUCCUGUCCCAGCACAGACAGAGCCAGCUCCAGAUCCAGCUGCUGCAGAACCUCCCUGGGGCUCACACUGGGGCGCUAUCUCCUCCUGUAUCCCCCUGUAUCUACCAGACCCCCAACAAACACAGCCCCCCAGACAGCAGCCAAGCCUUGUGGAGACCCUGGUAGUGAGCGGACCCUCUUAUGUGGAGACCCUGGUAGUGAGCGGACCCUCUUAUGUGGAGACCCUGGUAGUGAGCGGACCCUCUUAUGUGGAGACCCUGGUAGUGAGUGGACCCUCUUAUGUGGGGUGUGGGCUGAGAGCUGUGACCCCCCAGUAUACCCCAGAGCUGGAGUUGGGGGGUCUUCUGCCCCCGCUAAUGUCUCCUCAUGUGAUGGGGGGGGGGGGGAUGAUGGAUUAUUAGUCCAUCAGAUGAUCUGCGGCUCCUGUGUGGACUCGGCUCUAUGUUAUUAGAGGAGUAGUUGUCUCCUAUGGAGAAUCCGUCCUGUAUGGACACAUUGUAUGGAUCUUCCCAGUGAUACAAUGUAUCCGAUCAGAUGUAGCGUGUACUGGCUCUAUAUACAGAGCGGAGGAUUGUAUGUAGAUAUCAGAGCUCCAGUGCAGAGCAUUGCAGAACAAUGGAGGUGAGACCUCCGGCCUGAUAUAUACAGUAGAUAUUAUGUAUCAUUCAGUGUAUAUAGCACUAUGUGUAUUCUAUCUCUAUACAGAGGGGGGUGUUGUGAUAUCCCAUGAUAUGAUGGAUAUAGGAUUGUGUGGUCACAUAUUGGCCUUAGUUGUAUCACAGGUUAUAUGUGAACGCUCCGCUGUCAUGUAUGUUACAUGAAGAUUUCUACUUUGUUACAUCCUUUAUUGGGUGUUUGUGAUAUUUGCCGUCGUCUCAUAUACAAUGUAUAAUAAUGUAUAUACAACGUGUGUUAAUAAGUGCAAGACUGAGCUCAGAUACAUAUCAUUACUUCCCAACCUGUAUCUCUCCAGCAGUGUCCAAAACUACAACCCUCAUCCUGCUCCUAUAGCCUUUAGCUGACAUAACAUGAUGGGAGUUGUAGUUUUGCGAAAGCCAAAAAGCCACAGGUUGGGGAACAACGUUAUAUAGAAUGUUGUGCAAGAUUUGCAGCCAGCAGAAUUAUUGUUGUAUUCUGUAGUGCAGUGUUUCCCAACUAGUGUACCUCCAGCU